AUGUUUGCUGAGUUCAGGACAGACUCCUACUGUGAGAUGAUGUGCGAGUUAGUGCGAAGGUUUAGAGCGUCAUAUCUCAUGGACCGCAGUAUCUCCUCAGGCUCUUCAGCUGAUUCGGUACUAGAAAAUACGGUUAAAGCGCUAAGAACAUUGGUUAUUGAUAAAAAGAAGAGUAUCUCUCUUGAGAGAAGACCUGUGUUCUAUGUGUGGUCGAGUCGGGGUAAAUGUGCUCCUUAUGCAGUGCCAAAGAAAUUAUGUCGAGCAGACCCUGUGGACAAUCUGCACUCUGCCAUGAGUGGUGUCCAUAUUCAUGGUAACUUUGAUGUCACCAUGCUUCGGCACCAGUUGUUAAGAUCACCUAUGAAAAUGGAGUUUUCGCAUAGAAGGCGUGAUAUACGCUUAAGAAGCUACUGCUGGCCUCUGUACAAUGAUCGCUGA